AUGUGGGCCACGCUGAGGAGGGGAAAACUGAUCUUCUCUCUUGACCCUCAUCUCGUGCAACCUAGGAGUAUUCGAGGCCAGCAAUUCUUGCCCGUCUCGAUGCAACACUUCAGCCUGCAUCGCUCUACUGCGAGUGCCUCCCAAUGCACAGCCGUGAUUGUAGCCUCCCCUUCAUGUUGCGUCGUGACCUUCCCCCUCGUCUGCACGGCUCCUGUUCCCGGCUCUUCCCCUCUUCUCGCUUUUUGCCUCCUCGUCCCUUCACCGUCAUGGCCUACAAGAUUGACUUUACGGGCGCCUUACUACAACCUCAUCGACAAUGAGCUCGCCUCCACGCCGCAGACCUGCCACGGCGUGGACUCCUCCACAGAGGAGGCCCUGCCCGAGGUCCCCCUGUCCGGCAAGCCAGACGUCGACCGAGCCGAUAAGCGCAGCACGUACCUCCUCCGGCUGGCCGACGCCAUCGAGGCGAACCACGACGGCAUCCGGGACCUGGACGUCACCGAGACGGGCAAGGCCGUGCAGAACGCCAGCCUAGAGAUAGUCAUGGUCCUCGUACAGGUGCUCAACGGCGAUAAGAGCCUCGGCAGUAUACCGACGGGCAGGAGAGUCGCCGAGGUCUGCAGCCGCACGCUGAAGAGGGUUACGCUGGAGCUGGGGGGAAAUGAUGCGGCUGUCGUCUGCGAUGAUGCCGACCUCGCCAAGGUUGUGCCGGCGGUCUCUUCGCUGGCAUUCCUCUGUUCAGGCCAGAUCUGUAUGAACAUCAAACGGGUCUAUGUGCAUGAUAAGAUCUACGAUGCAUUCCUCGCCGCUAUAAUCACAUUUAUCCGGGAGAAUAUGCUAUAUGGGGCGGCUACGGAUCCAAAGACGAACGCAAUGCAGUAUGGCAAGGUCAAGGAGUUCUUUGAGGAGGCCGAGUUGCAGAAGUGGAGGGUAGCCCUCGGAGGCCUCAAGGAGAAGGCAGCCAUCAAGACCAAGGGCCUCUUGUUUCCGCUAACCCUUAUCGACAAUCCUAGUGAUGAGUCAUGCAUUGUAAGGGAGGAGCCUUUUAGCCCCAUCCUCCCCCUUAUGCGCUGGACAGAGGAGGAGGAUGUGAUCCAUCGCGUCAAUGCUGUCGAGGUAGGACUGGGUGCCUCGGUCUGGAGCAGCAGUGUCGAGAGAGCUACCAAGAUUGCUGAUGCCCUGGAGGCUGGUAGUGUCUGGGUGAACGGCCAUUUCCAGGUGGCACCCAACAUGCCCUUUGGUGGACACAAGGCCAGUGGUAUUGGGAUGGACUGGGGGGUUGUUGGACUCAAGGGAUGGUGUAACCCGCAGGGCUUCUGGACCAACAAGGCAUAA